UUACAAAAGAUAUGGCCGUACGAUGGAGCAGCGAAAAUGUCGUCGCCGAACACAGGGAUUUACAAGCCACCGCCAUGGCACUGGAUUGGCGUGGUGACUACACACUUCUGGCUGGGAGACGUAACCUAGCACUCAUCUCACUGGACAAACCCUUAGAAAUUGUCAAGAGGGUCAACAGAACACAACAAAAGUAUGAUGUUACAGCAGCAGAGUGGAACCCCAAGCAAGCUCUGGGACACACCUUUGUGAUUGCUUCUGGGGAAAAAGCUGAAAUAUGUCAAUGGACGGAGGGGAGCUUGAACGGUAUGACAACUUUGCGAGCCCACACAAGAACUAUAACAGACAUCAAUUGGCACCGUUUUGAUCCUCAUCUACUAGUAACUUGCUCCAUAGACACCUUUGUCCACAUUUGGGAUACGCGAGAAACACGCAAACCUAUUGCCUCACUCUCGGCUAUUGCUGGGGCAUCACAGGUUAAGUGGAAUAAGUUGAACCCCCAUAUCCUGGCCUCUGGGCAUGACUGCGAUGUACGCGUAUGGGAUCACCGAAAGCCAGGUCAGCCCAUGCAGUACAUUGCUGCACACCUCUCCAAGAUUCAAGGCCUGGACUGGUCUCCCAACCAUGAGAACCACCUGGUCACCUCAUCCAAUGACUGCACAGUGAAGUUCUUUGAUAUCCUCAACCCACGCAAGGCUGAGAACUUCAUCAACACAUUGUCUCCUGUGUGGCGGGCACGAUACACACCCUUUGGUGAGGGAGUAGUGGCAGUGGUGGUGCCUCAGCUACGUCGUGGAGAGAAUUCAUUGCGUCUUUGGUCGGUGACAGACAUGAGCUCCCCUGUUCACACCUUUGUGGGCCACUCAGAUGUUGUGCUGGAGUUCGAGUGGCGGCAGAACCUGAGCAAUCCUGGUGAUUACCAGCUGGUGACAUGGGCGCGUGACCACAGCCUCAGGAUUUGGAAGAUAGACCACCAGUUGCAGAAGCUGUGUGGACAUGAGAUGGAGGAAGAGGUUAUGUUAACAGAACGCACAGACAGUGAUUAUACUAGUGAUACUACACCAACACCUGGCCCAGAGCCAAAUGAUGUUGAUGGAGAUGGAGAAAGGAGAGACUUGGUCCUCACUAACAGUGACACACAUCAGACUGAAGCUGAUAACUCUAUCAUUGAUGGAUGUGAACCUGAUAGAAGCAUUAACUCAAACAAAUUCAGCCUGAAUGGUACAAAUAAGAAUACACAAAAUGCAGUCAGUGGAACACCACAGAAAUCUGAAAUUGUGCUGGCAGAGACUGUUCCUCCUCAGGCAUCACAGACGCUGGUAUCGGUGGCCACCCCUUCGCCCUCACAUCAGGUCUCCAACUUUACAAGUACCCUCCCUGCAGCAAACAAAGCAAGCACAUCUGUAGUAGGUUUGUCUUCGACACUCCCUGCUGGCAGCAGCUUGACAGUAGGACAGCCCAUGACAUUGCAACAGGAGUUCUCACUACUGAACACUUCACUGGACAACAACCAAGUCAAUUCUGUAGAAGUUGUGAAUGGAGUGGAGGAGGCGGAAAGCAGAGAGAUCAAAAUCAGUCAAGAAGGAAGAGAAAUUGAUGGGUUGGAUAAAGAAGAGAACUCGAGUGGAAGAGACUGCAGUGGAUUGGUUGAAGAGCCAUGUCACCUUUCUGGAGACUAUGUAAUCUUGAAGAAAGAGGAUAGCGAAUUGGUAGAGUGUGGCAGGGAAGAAGAGGUAGACAGUAUAAUGAGAGGAGCUGAAAGAAUGACUCAGGAUCCUGGGGGAUUGGUGGAAGGAGACAACAACUUAAAGGCUGCAAAUCUGGUGGGACAGGCAUCAUACGUGAAGGAAGGGGAAACUAGUGUGAAUGAUGCUAUUUCUGGACAGAAUUGCAUAGCUUUAGAGAACUCUAAUGCCCUAGUCCACACAGUAGUUGACUUUGUGAAAGAACUGGAUAGUGAUGAUGAUGAACACCAGUUCACUGCAUGUGACUUGAACUCCCUAACUGCUGGAGGAAACAAACAAAGUGAACAUGAAGAGAUGGAAGAUGCAGAGAACAGGGAGAGUCUCUUUGAAUUCAGGAGUGUUGAGGUCAUGCAUGAAGGUCAGGAAGUGAGUACUGCUAGUGAUGGAGACCUGAAGUCGCUCACCGUGAGUUACUUGCUUGAACUAGAGAAUGGGAAGAGAGAACCAUUGGUUGCCAGUAACAGAGGCUAUCCCAACAACCACAUUAUUAAGAUCAAGUCUUACACAGAUGAUUUAGUGGAAGCCACAGAUAAGGAAAGCCAUAAGUACUCCAUGGUGGAGGAACCUGCCCUUCGGAUUAGAUUUAGCAGUGAGAGUGAGAUGACACCCUUAGAGCAUGUUGUGAAACAGAGUGAAAGAAUGAGGGUGUCCCCACAAAGUUUGGAGGGAUGGUUGGUAGACAGUUCAGAUAUGAUCAGCCUGGUGCCAAUUAGUGAAGCUGCUAGUCUUAAAGAGGUGGAUAUGGGGAAGGAGGAGGCAGUAAUACACAUUGUUGAAUGUGAAGGGGGGUUUGAGGCAAAUGAGAUUCCUGCCCCCUCCACCCUGCUCACUAGUGAAGAUGUAGCUUCCACGGGAGCCUCUACACUGGGUGAGGCAGAAGUAGUUUCAGAGCAGGUGAUGGACACAUCACCCCUGAUGCUGUCCCUACCACUGGUUACUGCACAAACCACAAUGAGUGCAGCUGUUAUGGAAGGAUCCAUUCUCAUUAAAGGGUCUAAAAAUGAGUCACUGCAGGUCUCUGCGAAACUUGUGUAUUUGCCUGACUGCGAAGAGAAUAAUCUGGGGCCACCUGAGGAGGCAUGUGCAUCCCUUGCACCUCAACUCCUUGAAGGGGGUGUGCUGGUCCUUGGGGACAAUAUAAUCAUGCUGAGUAACCAACUCUACCUCACACAUGUUGAACUGGUGGCAGCUGAGGGUGAUACACAUACACAGAUUUCUAUUAGUCUCCCUACAGAUCCUGUGGAGAAUUAUCAUGAAAAGAAGGUCAACUUUGUGCUUAUUAGUUUAGGGUCAGAGCAAAACCUAGUUAUGGCUUCAGCUCCCUGCACCCCACAGAAGCUGGUGAGACUUCUCCAGGAUGAUAGGAUCUCUGUACGCAAUGCGCCUCACAGUGAUGAACCAGGGAUCUUUCAGUGUGACAAAUGUGAUAAGUCAUACAAAGUUCGCUCUUCUUUAAAUAGCCACAAAGUCACACACAAUUCAGAGAAAAUGUACAAAUGUGAUGAGUGUGAUAAAGCUUUCCAUUACAGUACACCACUACAGAUCCAUAAGCGCAUCCAUACAGAUGAGCGACCAUACAAAUGUGACAGGUGCUCUGCUUCUUUCCGAUCCAAAGCUAACCUGAAGUACCAUGAACGGCUACACACAGGAGAACGUCCUAUCACAUGUCGAGAGUGUGGGCAAGGCUUCAAGGACUACACAUCCCUGAAGAGACACAGACAGAAGGCUCAUGAAAUAUCCAGUCUUAAGUGUGGUGAGUGUAGUGAGGUGUGUCUGUCUUUGGAGCAUUUGACAACACACAUGUGGCAGGUGCAUGAUCUACUGUAUGUAGAGGAGAGUGCUAGCAAAUGUGAGAAAUGUGGUGAGACAUUCACAGACAAGAGGACGUAUAACAACCACAUUAUGAUGCAUGAACGGAGAGAUAAGGCAGCCCAAGUUGGGCUCCGCAAACUUGCAGAUUACACUCACCGAUGUGGUAUCUGCAACAUGACAUGCCAAAAUAAAACACAGAUGCUCUUGCACAUACAAAUUCAUGCAGCUGUAAAGAGAUUUAAGUGUCGAUACUGCAGUAGUGCAUUUAUGUAUCGUUUUCUUCUGGCACGCCAUGUGCGAGAACAACAUCCAGAUGACCCAGAGUGGUUCUGCCAGUACUGUGAUGAUAUCUUUGAAACGUGCAGAAAGAUGACCAUGCAUAGUUGCCGCACAGUACGAGGGGAUUACAGCUGUCCACACUGCCCCUUCAAGACUGAAGUGCGACACAGACUGUUCAGACACAUAGUGAAAACCCAUCCAGAAGACAAAAUGCCAUACUAUUGUGAGUUCUGCAAAAACAGCUUUGAAGAUCCCAACAAGUUGCGCUAUCACCAGAAACGUGAACAUCCUGAGAAGAUGCUUGUGGUUUCAUUGCAACGUGAGUCAGCCAAAAAUAAUGGUGGAGGAGUAGGGGGUGGGGGGAAAGAUAAGAGUGAUUCUCCAAGCAUUGAUAUGUCACAAGUGGAGAUGACCAUUGAGGGUGAUACGCUGGUAUACUUUAUUCCUGAAGAACUGCGAAAUGAUGAGGUUUUCAGGGAGAAAGUUAAGUUUAAAUGUUUUUACUGUGAAGCUAAGUUCCCAAUCAAGAACUCUAUGACAAGGCACAUCCUUCGUGAGCACCCAGGGGAGAAGGCAUACAAAUGCCUUAAGUGCAACAUCUUCUUGAAGUCGAGUGUGGAAUCAAAGAACCACCACCGCCGUUAUCACAGAUUCUCAGAGACAGGAGGCAGAGAUCCCAACCGCAAUGAGAGGGCAAUGAUGAAAAGGGCACAGUGGCUGCAGGCCCAGUUAAACAGCUCGGAGAGUCGCAUGAAGAACCUCUACAAAUUCAGCUGCCGUUUCUGCCAGAUGGUAUACAGAGAGAAGCGGUCCCUGGUGGCACAUUACCGCAAAAGGCAUCCGGAUGAAGAAUGGGACUACUUCCCAGACAAGCCCAUCCGAGCUGUGGCCAAAACAGGCCGCAAGAAGAGGAUCCUUGUCUAUUAUGACUGCAGUUUUCAUGAUGACUGUAAUGCUGUGUUUGAUGACCUGUCAAUGCUGCGCCAACAUCUUUUCAAUGCCCAUGAUAUUGCAGAGGAAUACAGUGAUAAGUAUGUGUCUAAACGUCUAGUUAUUGAUCACUUACGGAGGGGGAGACUACCCAAGAAUGCUAUUGACCGGCAGGCCCAAAGAGUUCAAAUUGGUAAGAGAAAAUUGGAGGUAAGGCAAGAUUCUGUCAUACCUUCCACAGAUAUGGACACAGAUAAUGAAGAAAUUGUUGAUGAUCCAGUGGGUGUAGAUGAUGGUCUAGAUUCAAAAGUUGAUAUUAUGAAUUCUUUACAUGACUCCUUAACCCCUGAAUUAAGUGUGCAGGACAGUGAGGAAACCUUGUCAGGGCCAGAUAGUCAAACGUCUAAUAAUGAAGAAAUUGUUGAUGAUCCAGUGGGUGUAGAUGAUGGUCUAGAUUCAAAAGUUGAUAUUAUGAAUUCUUUACAUGACUCCUUAACCCCUGAAUUAAGUGUGCAGGACAGUGAGGAAACCUUGUCAGGGCCAGAUGGAAAGAGAGCAAGGUCUUCCUCUUCCAGCUUUUGUGAGCAGAAGCAACAAAUUCAUUUAGAUGAUAUAGGGUCGCUCCAUGAUGUCAAAAAGAUGUUAUAUCGUUGUCACCGAUGCAACAGAUCAUUUACCAGUAGAGGGGAGUAUCGGGAACAUGUUGCUCGGGCUCGCCAUGUGGAUUGUCGCACUAUCAGAUAUGAUCCUCACAUCAAACAGGAGCCAAUAGAGGAUGACAGCUUUAGUGGAACAGAUACUGUUGACUGUUAUGAGUCCUCAGUGGAUGAGGUACGUCUUAAAUAUGAAGGUGAUGAAGGUAAAGAACAGCAGAGAAGAACAGUAUCCCACAGAGGUAGAAAGAGAUUACAGCAUACUGAAUUGAGAAGGGAGGGCACAAUAAAAGUGGAGAUGGAGUCACAGGAUGAAGAGGAAAGCAUAGCCAUUACCAGUCUUGAGAUGGAGGAACAGGGGGAGGCACUUCUCAAGGUCCUCACUAUCCAUGCCCCAGAGACAGGAUGUUCUGGUUUUGUUGGUGUCAAAGUGGAAGAUGAAGGAAAAGGCAUGAACAAAGGUCCAAUAGAUAGAGAUACUGAAGAAUCUUGUUCAGCCAAAGGAAAGAGCUUGUCUGCACAAGCAGCUUUGCCAUUUGACAAGAAAGACUUCCUAUGCCAUAGUGAAAAUGUGAUAGAUUCUCUGUCACUGAUGAAUAGCAGUAGGUCAAGCCAGGUAAUGAGUAGGUCUCUUGUAGCAGUAUCAUCUGAAGGUGGAAGUUCUUCUGACAAUAUCAUGGCACUGGGGGAGUUCAGUACAGCUAGUACUGUUAGAAUCAAAACAAGGAAAGUAGAAAGAACACAGUUAGAAAUGAAAAAAGUUAAAGAACCAGGAAAUGUCGAAGAAAAUUCAGAGAGAAGAGGAACAAGGGCAGGGAGGAGACCAGGGAGAAAAGGAAAGAAUCAGGAAAAGAGGGGUAGAAAUAGUGAGAAGAAUAAUGCUGAAAGUAGAAGAAGCAAUGGGGUAAAGAGAGAAAGAGAGAUGUCUGAUGGGAAAGUAUGUGAAUUGUGUCAUGCUAAUUUCAAGACAAGAGCAGAAGCCUCCUUCCACAUGAGUUUUAUACUCAUGAUCAAAUUCUACAUGGAACUUAAAAAGGCAUUAGACUCAAUGCAUCGUGAAUUGCUAUGGGAGAUCCAGAGACCUAGGGGAAUUCUGACAUGGAUUAUUGGUUUAGUAGAAAGCCUAUAUACUAGUACCGAAAGUGCUGUAAAGUGUAGUGGGAGCCUGUCAUGCUGUUUCCAAGUUAACUCAGGAGUAAGGCAAGGCUGUGUCCUUGCACCAACACCUCAUUACUUGCAUGGACAGGAUGAUGGGCAGAGCUACUAUCUAAAGUCAUUAUGGAGCAACAAGGUCACGGACCUUGACAUUGCUAAUGAUGUUGCUAUCCUAUUUGAGUCUCUAGCAUCUUUGGUGUUUGCUCUUGAUGCAUUCAGCAAUGAGGCGAAUCCUUUGUACCUAGAGGUUUCCUGGACCAAGACCAAGAUCCAGGAUUUUGGGGCCCUGUUAGGGAAAUCUAAUCUGUUGAUACAUGCAUGUGGGGAGGAUGUUGAAGUCACAGAGAGCUUCACUUACCAUGGUAGUACAGUCAGAACAGGAAGUCAGUUGAUGGAUUGGUCCUGCAGCAGGAGCCAUAAACUCAGUCAACAAGAGCAUUUGGAGAUGCUGUCCCUAUGCUGGAUCAUAGGAUAUAGUUGGCAGGACCAUGUGUCCAACAGAAGGCUAUACCAUGAGACUGGCUUAGUUGUCACUUCACAUUGCAAUCCUGGGUGGAGGAGGCUUGUAGAACACCCUAGGAAGUUGUGGUUUGGGCAUAUAGACCAGACCUGUCACGAGGAGCUAGAGAUUGGCCAAACUGAGCUAGAGAAGAGGAUGUGCCAGGUAACAGCUAAGCAUGGCAACCACACCGUCUGUCUCACUGUGAACUUCCCUCUGACAUAUCCGCGCCAGCACUCUCCCACCUUCAGGUUCUCCUAUGGUACUACUAUAGAUUAUGCUUGCAAGACAGAGCUGUUGAAGGUUCUAAAAAACACAGCCAGCUCGUACCAGCGGAAGCGGAAAGCAUGUUUGGAGCCAUGUAUUAGGGUGUUUGUUGCACAGAUGAAGGCAUUACUGGGGGAUGAGAGGGUAAACUCUGUUGAGGCAAGACUAAGUGGAGGUGGCUAUCCAGGGCAAGUUUAUGGCAGCUUUCAGGAUCAUAGUGUGCCUUUCCCUAGAACAUCGGGUGCAAGGUUUUGCAGUGCUGGACUGCUGGUAUGUUUUGCACGUCCCACAUUCAUGAAGAAGGGUUCCUCAAGGACUGAGUCGUGCACACCCCGCUCCCUCUCGGCACUAGGGGCGUACAUCACCAACUUCAUGCCCCAGAUCUCGAGUGCAGUGCCCACCUCCCCCAAGUAUAACUUCAUGUACAGUGCUCUCAGCCAUAGUCCUUCCACAGAGCAAAACAUUUCCAUAUCAAAUUACUAUUACCAGGACAAGAAGGUGAAGAGCAAGCGUGGCAAGAGUGAAGAUGAAGGUGGACGCUCUUUUAAGGCUGGAAACGUCCUCCUCUAUGACAUCAAAUGUCUCAUGCCCUUCUCCAAAGAGCUUGGGAUGACUUACAUACUGGAUGAGAAUGACCUGGUAGGCACUUGCACACAUAACCGAGAUGCAGCAGCAGCAGUAGGCCGCAAAGAUCUUGUGCAGGUAUGGUCAUUAGCAGCUGCAACUGCAUCAUCCAGUGUUCUUGGAGGGACAGAAAGCAACGACUUUCCUUGGACGCACCAUCCCUUUGCCCGCAGGAUGAUCAACUCCCUCCUGGACCAUUACCUCGCCCUCACUGAUGUGCAGACGGCAACAAUGCUCAGCUGUGUGUUUGGCACCAAGACAGAACCCCAGAAUUCUUCUUACCCUCGCAAGAACAGAACAGAGUCCAAUAGUCUUAACCCUCCGUAUGAAUCACUCCGAGGGUCCCAGAGACAGUCGUUUGUAUGGGCUAAGUUAAACCGGCUAAGCCUGCUACGGGGUGGUAAGACUGGAGGUUCACCAUACAACACCAUACAUGGCCUCAACAUGAGUCUGGAGGGCUGGGACCUUUGUAUGGUCAGACAUAACAGAUCGAACUCAGAAGGAUCCCUAUCGGAAGUUUCACGACCACCUCAGGAGAUGGACCUCCCUGUUCUUGAGGCCACAGACACCUGCAAGGCCACAGACACUCUGCACAGGAACUCAACCAAGUUUCUUGACUGCAGCCGGAGCCAGCAGUAUGAUGAACUGCGCAGGGCCUAUGCAGACAUCCUUUACCGCUGGGGCCUCCUCAAGCAACGGGCAAUGGUUCUGAAGUAUUUACAAGCCCAACCACCAGCUCACAAGGGUGUUGAGUUUCCUACUGACUGUGUCCAUUGUGGUCAGUCGGCCAAGGGACCUCAGUGCAGAUACUGCCGCUGCUUUUCCUUCAGCUGUUCAAUUUGCCACGUUGCAGUCAAAGGGGCAAGCAACUUCUGUGUGGUGUGUGGCCAUGGUGGGCAUGCAUACCACAUUCUUGAAUGGUUUCGUGACCACAACGAGUGUCCGACUGGAUGCGGCUGUGAUUGCAUUAAGGAAAUGGAUCACCUCUUUAAAUGAUGAUAGCAUCAUCAUUGCCAAACAUAGAUGUGGCCCAACACAUAAGGUUGAUGGGAAGCUGUGGCAAAGUCCUCUUCAGUGUGGGUUUUCUGGCAGUAAUUAAUAUAAUAUAUUUUUCUAGAAGAAAAGUAACAGGUAAGGAAAUUAAACAUACUUCAUGAAUUAAUAUGGUCCCUCCUUUAUUUAUUUGUUUUCCUCAACAAAAUGCUGAUAAGUAAUUUGAAAACAAUCAUUUAUGUCUAAUUAAGUUCUAAAUUGAAAGUUUUCUUGAUACAGCUAAGGAAACUGAUGAGAGGUACAUAGCACUUAUAGCCAACAAAUAUAUGAUCUUGGAGAGAAAAGCUUUAUAUUCUUUUGAAAUUUGCUGCAUGUAUAUUCUUUUCCUUUUAUCGUUCAGAUUUUAUAACCUCUGAGAGUAUUGUUGCGCUGAUUAUGAAACAAAAUUGAUUAUGAAAUUUUUGAAAAUUGAUUUUGCAUCUGCUAGCAUAGUGUACCAAUAUGAUAAUUCUGGAUUUGGAUUAUAAAUAUAAAGUAUUGUUCUUUUUUUUUAAGGAAAUACAUUGUGUUCAUGUUCACAUAUUGUGAAAAAAAACAUUAGAUCAUGGAGGGACAGGCAUAGAAACUAUGUAAGGACACAUAGAGUCUUUUAAUGAUUUCUCAAGAGAUAUCUGGUGCUGCAGGUGAACAUUCUAGUUGGUAACGCAGAUGGCAGAAGAGCAUAUCAAAGGGCCUAGAUCACAGCUUUAACUACAUGUCAGAAGCAAGUGAUACUGUUUUUAAAAAAUUAUUGCAGAGGGACUAAGUGUUAUUAGCAGGAGAUGAAUUACUUCUUUAAGUGAUGAUGGCAUAGGAAAAUGUCAGAGUAACUAAGGUGCUGCUGAUAUUGCUGACUGACUGGUGGUUUGUACAUACUCUUGUGUUUUUAUGAUUGUUUCUAUAUUGCUUUCCAAAUAUCUGAUGCAAGACAUGAAGAAUACAUUUGUGAAUAUUAUAAUUUCUUUUAGGAUUUUAGAAAUUGUUGUGGUAUGUUAAUAUUCUCUGUUAGGUUGUUAAUAAGUUAUGUGUUCAUUUAUUAUAUCAUUACUUUGUUUUCUGUAUAAAUGUGGCAUUAAGUGAGGGUAUUACUUUCACAGUAAUAUCCUUUUUUGUGUAUUAUGAUCUGAAGGUUUGUAUUUUUGUUAAUUUGUAUAAAUUCCUUAGAAUGUAUUAAAAAAAUAGAAUUUUAAUGCUAAAAUGUAGUAAUUGUAUGGAAUAUAUAAAGGAGAUAUGAAUAUUUUUUAUGUGCUGUAAACUGUUCCUGUUUUUCAUCUGUGAUAUUAAAUGUUACUUGAUAUGAAUAAA